AUGUUGCUACUGAUUUUGUUUAUAAAUAUUUUUGUAUCUAGUGCGUUUUCUAUGGAAUUGCCUUCCUACAUAUCCUCAUGUUCAAGAAAUGAUCCGAAUCUAAAUGACUGUGCCUUAAAAUCGGCUCGAGAUUCUUUGCACCAGUUUUCUCAAGGAGAUGCAGAGAGAGGCCUUCAACCCUUAGACCCAUUGUAUGUAGCAGAGAUGACAGUAUACAUACCAAAUAAACAAGGAUUCAAGGUCACUUUCAAGGACAACUACUUCACAGGACUAUCAAAAUUGCAUUUGGAAAAUUUGAAAUUUGAUUUAGAGAACAAAAUGAUACUCACGGACGCUUUGGUCACCUUGGAUGUGAAGAAUACUUAUGACUUAAGCGGCAAAGUUCUUCUCAUACCAGUGAAGUCAAAUGGAGACUCCGCUAUACAUUUGAAAAAUACAUUGUUACAUAUCCGUUUUUGGUACGAGCAUGUGGAAGGUGCUGAUGGAAAAAUUCACUGGAAAAUAUACAAGCACGACAUUAAAUAUGAAGUGGAGAAGGCGUCAUUUAGAUUGGAAAACCUCUUGAAUGAUCCUACUUUAGGUGACCAAAUCAACAGGAUCCUGAAUGAAAUGUGGCGUGAAAUUGUCGCAGAAGUAGGACCAUCCAUCUGUCAAUCCCUUAGUACGGCGGUUGUGGAGAAUUUGUCUGUAUUGUUGGAACAAGUGCCGUAUGAUGAACUGUUGCCGGAGUGA